AUGGUACUGUUGGAGAAGCAAUGGGUGAAUGUUCAAGAGAAAACAUUUACAAAAUGGUUGAACAAUAAGAUCGCCCCUCGCGAAGUCUCGGUUAAGUCUCUUGUGACCGACCUCUCCGAUGGAAUCAUUCUCAUCCACCUUCUCGAGGUUCUUAGCAAUGAAUCACUCGGACGAUAUGCGUCAAAUCCCAGGCUGCGGGUGCAGAGGUUCGAGAAUGUUAACAAGUCACUGGAGUUCAUCAAGAGCCGGGGUAUUCAGAUGACGAAUAUUGGCGCCGAAGAUGUAGUCGACGGGAACAGAAAGAUCAUUCUGGGUCUGAUAUGGACACUCAUUCUCAGGUUUACAAUCUCCGACAUCAACGAGGAGGGCAUGACGGCCAAGGAGGGUCUUCUCCUAUGGUGCCAGCGAAAGACUGCUUGCUACGAAGGUGUCGAAGUGCGUGACUUUUCUACUUCUUGGAACGACGGCCUGGCUUUCUGCGCUCUCCUGGACAUCCACCGGCCUGACCUCAUUGACUUCGACACUUUGGAUAAAUCAGACCACAAAGGGAAUAUGCAACUUGCAUUUGACAUUGCCAGCAAAGAGAUUGGGAUACCCGAUCUGCUCGACGUUGAAGAUGUAGCCGACGUCCCCAGACCUGACGAGCGGUCGCUUAUGACAUACAUCGCUUACUGGUUCCACGCAUUUAGUGCAAUGGAGAGAGUGGAGAAUGCUGGGAGGCGAGUAGAAAAGUUCGUGAGCAACAUGCAAGGUGCAUGGGAGAUGGAGUCGGCUUACGAGAAGCGCAUGCGUGCUCUGCUCCAACAAAUUCGCCAACAACGACAAACAUGGCAUAACUCUACGUUUGAAGGGACAUAUGCCGAUGCAAAGGCGCAGGCCAAUGAACUUUCCAGCUAUAAACGAAAUCAGAAGAGGAAGUGGGUGGCAGAGAAAUCAGAUCUCGCAGCUCUUCUCGGCAACAUCAAGACCAAACUGUCAACCUACCGGUUGCGACCCUAUGAGCCCCCGGCAGAGCUUCGACUCGAAGUGCUGGAUCAAGAAUGGGCCGCUUUGGGUACCGAUGAGCACGCACGAAGCAGACUCAUUAAUGAAACCAUCCGGGACAUCAAGAAUGCGCUGAGACGAAGUUUUGCCGACAAAGCCAAUGACUUUGCCUUGACUCUCAACACGCUUUCUCUAGCAGUGUCAGGACUGGAAGGAGAUGUGGAAGAUCAACUACAACACGCUCAGAGACUAUCCGCCAACUUGGCCCCCCUCGAACAAUAUUUGGAAGGAAUAGCUUUCCUCGAUGAGAAGUGCCAGGAGGCGAACAUCGAUGAGAAUGAUUUCACCACUUACACAUAUGACGAACUAAUGUAUGAGCUGAGCUUGGUCAAGGCCAGCGUGCAGAAAAAGUUGACCUUUCUCGAGAACCAAAUGGUGGCGAGAAGUAUGACCAACCUCACUCCGAUCCAACUCGAAGAGUUCGAGUCAGUCUUCCGACACUUUGAUCGGGACGGCACCAACACCCUUCACGAAUUGGAGUUCAGUGCAGCAUUGGCCAGUCUUGGUUUGGUCUACGAUGAACAAGAAAUGCACGAGAGGUUCCUGGAGGUCUGCCAUAGUGGGCUCGAUCCGACCAUGUCACCUGUCUCCCGGCGUCAGAGGGAGAGCCGUGGAGUUGGCUUCGAGCAGUUCAUCCGGUUUAUGGUAUCUGUCACUGAAGACCAAAACAGCGCUGAACAGGUAUUCCAGUCCUUCCGAGAGGUGGCAGAUGGGAAGCCGUACGUCACAGAGAUGGACCUGAGACACUCCUUGAUACCCGACGACCUGAUUGAAGAUCUGCUGAGCAGUAUGCCGGAGCAUAAGGGGCCGGAUCUCGAGGUGGACAGAGAUGUCCCUAAAUAUGAUUAUAUUUCCUUCAUGCAGGGCAUGGUUGGAGACGGUGGCGACGAUGAUGACGACGACUCAAGCGUGAAAAGAGACGAGAGAGGUCGGGUGAAUGGCGAUAAGACGCCCACUACUCCCCGACGGUAG